GCCUCCCGGCACCGCCCCGCGCGGAGCCGCCGGCGAGUCGGGCCCAGCCGCCUCGGAAGGUGCUGCCGGAGCCAGCGCCCGCCAUGGGCACGGCGCGCGAGGGGAUGCGCUGCAUCAAGAUCUUGCUGUUCAUCUUCAACUUGACCUUCUGGCUGGCAGGAUUGGCUGUCAUUGCCUUUGGUCUAUGGCUGCGGUUUGGUGGGGCUAUGGCAGACUUUGCUUCAGACAAAAAGUCUCCAGAGUACUUCUUCAUGGGACUCUAUGUAUUGGUGGGAGCAGGGGCUCUCAUGACCACAGUUGGAUUUUUUGGGUGCUGUGGAGCAGCGCGGGAGUCUCAGUGCUUACUUGGAGCAUUCUUUGCUUGCUUGUUGGUGAUAUUUGCAGCUGAGGUCACUGCUGGAGUAUUUGCCUUUAUAGGCAAGAAAGUGGCAAUACAGGAAGCCCAGAAAAUCUAUGAAGACAUUUAUGAUGACUAUAUGAAAAACCCUGGGGGGAAGGUCAACAGGACUAUCUAUCACUACCACUUAGCUCUCCAAUGCUGUGGUAAAGAUAAUAUGGAACAACAAAUGGGAUUACCCUGUCCAGAGAAUAUCCAAAUGCCAAAGAACUGCCUGGUUGAAAUCCAGAAUGUAAUUGAUGCUAAUCUGCAUUUAGUUGGAAUUGUUGGAAUUGCAAUUGCUGGCAUCACAAUCUUUGGCAUGAUAUUCAGCAUGGUUCUGUGCUGUGCGAUCCGUAACACAAGAGACAUGAUCUAAAACUUUCACUGCACAACUAUGUCCCAGGAGUUCCAGACUAAGCUUUACAAGAAGUGCUCUUCUACCCAAUUUAAUAAUUGUAAUGCAUUUUAAUUAGUGUUUUAACAUACUGAGAGGAAAAAAUCCCAUUAGGUGAGCAGGUGAAUUGUAUUGGUUACAGUAAAACCGAAGUGAACAAAAAGGGUUUUUAAAUGUCCUUUUUAAUUAGAGAAGCAAAGGUGCAUCUAAGACUAAUUUGAUUUUUAAUGUUUGUAUAUGUGCAAUUAAGAGUUUACACAUCUACAGAUAUCGUGUAAGCACAUGUAUAUCUCUCUGUACAAUUAUAUAUGCACAUGAGCAGGUACCUGUAUAUGCAGUACAUUGUUUAGGUAAGUAUGUGCAAAUGGAAUAUGUUGUGUGUGCAUGUUUGCAUGCAUAUUCUUCGAGAGUCUCACUAUGCAAGAGUGUACACACACCCCUAGGCAUACAGUGCUUGAAGCCCUUUCAUAUUGAGCCCCUGUUUGCCAAGAAUUAGCAGAGGAACAAAUGCCAUUUUAAAAAAUAAGACCUGUGAUCCUUUUUGUAACAGUUCUUUCCAAAGCUCAAACAGACUAGAAUUAAUAAAAUUGGACUUUAUUUAAAAAGAAAAACGUAAUGCCUACGGGCCUGCUUUAGCAAACUUGAAGUCAUAUGAGUAGACCCAUUGACUUCACCGUCAUGCAGAAACUGGAUUUUUAUUUUUGGGGGGGGACUGGACCCUUCAUGCAAAUGCAGAAAGCUCUGGGGGAGGAAACAUGUCCAAGGAGAUCCAGGGUAAAGGAAGAGGGGGAAGGUGGUAGGAAGCUGACAAGAUAAUGCAAGUCAUUUGAGAGCAAUUGUAGCGCAAAGUGUGCUUGAGCUUCCCAAGCUAGCCUGAGACACGCACACAAAAAAACGAAGAGAUAAAGGGGGCACUAAAAUUCUUAUUCAGAAGUCCCUUUAUCCUGCAAGACUCUAUAUGGUAUAUAUGCUGGUGCAGGAGUGGAGCCUAUAUCCAGAAAAGCAGCCACUUUGUCAGAUACGCUGUAGAAUCUAACUGGCCUGUGGAAGCCAACCGAAGAGUGAAAAUGGUCAGGGAAAGACACGCAGCACUUUAAUACCCUCUGAUUCUGCUUCUGUGACUAUCACAGCUUCCAUGGGGCUCUUACCUCAACCUCUCACCCUUUCUUGCAGGUGUAAGUCAGGAAAGAAAGAUGGGACAUUGUUACAGAGCCAUAAAGUAAAUUUUCUUACUGGCACCUUUAGAUUGCAUGUCAGGUAUAAAAAUUACACUGUGUGCUUGAAAUACCUCAGAGCUUGCGUUUACAUAGUUUGUUUCUAUAUUUUUAUUUUUCUAUUUGUCAUAUUUAUUCAUAAUAGAAUGUUCCUUUUAAAACAGCCUAGAAGGGAGAAAGAUUCUCCCCAGAAGGGGAAAAUAAAUUACAUCAAAGGCUCAGAAUCUCUUAAUUUUUGGCUUACUCUAGAUUCUUAUUCACCAUUUCAGAGAACAUCUUUUUGAUAACAAUAUCCACAUAGCAGCUUUGUCUCUCUGAUGAUCACUAGUUCAGAUUUCUGAUGCAGUUGUUCCAUACACAAUAGGGAAAAGUUCAGCUAAACUAUAGAACUCCUUGAAAUGGUCCAUAACGUUCAACAGGACUUUAGGCAUUUACAAGUCAAGUUCCGGGGUCUUUAUUCCACUGAAACACAAUGGAAAGAAACGGGAUUUCAGAAAACGUGUGCAUUCUAGUGCUCAUGUUUGUGUGAAAUACACAUCCCUCAUGAUAUUUAUCUCUCAUUUCCCAACUCCCGUCACUUUUCUGUUACUUCAGGGUUGAAAAUAGUGUUGCUGUUCCAUGUGCCUGAUUUAAUUGGCACAUCUUGCUGUCUUUUACAUAGAUCUCUCUUUUCAAAUUGUUCAGCUGCAAACUGUGACACUGAAACAGCUGUGCACUAAAUGCUGGGUAUGCUGCAGGCACUGCCAGCUGAGCAGUUUCUGGACCUAGCUUAAGGUACUCAGCUGACAGGGAGACAUUAUAUCCUUAUGCCAAAGAAGAGUUAGGCUCGUAUCACUCUGUUCACAGCCUCUUAGCUAUGGAUGCCAUGUAAAAGUUGGGCCUGGGACCUUAUUCUGCAAGCAUCAGACCAGGAAAUAGGGCCUCUGUCUGCUGUCUGCUCCUAAGAAAGGCUCAACUGGGAGAAUGACACUGGCAGCAAAUCCAUGAAGGUCUCGAGCUGAAACUAAGAAAGUAAACAGACAACUGACAUAGCCAAAGCACUUUCAUGGAUCUCAGGUACACCUGAGACUGUCCCUACAACUGGUUCUGCUCUAAACAGAUAAUGGGAUAGUAUAUAACCAGGGUGUUUUCUACCAAGGUAAUACUGACAGAGAGAAGAAACCUGUGUAUAGUGCCAUUUUUGCCAUUCAGAGCAAGACAGCUUUCCAGGAAAAACAGUAAAAAUAACACAAUAGGGAAGUCAGUGGUUUGGGUUCCAAGAUUAUUGCCCUACAGGGAUAGAAAUUACAAAUAAAGCUAUUUCCUUCUGUUAUAUUUACCCCUUGUAAUGAUAGUAUUUUUUUAUUUUAAACACAUCUACAUAUAGUUGGUUUUAAUUCCUCAAAUACGUAACACUGGAAUGUAAUGAUAGGACCACAAUUUACUUCUUUAUUUGUUUACUGUUUCUUGAGUAAGUUGGAAGAUGCCUACUCCUGCUUUCAAGAUGCGCUGAAUAAAAAGGCAGCUUGCAGAAACUUCUGUUGCUUCCCCAGCCCCACCACUCCCCCAGAAGUACAAAAACAUCUAAGUGCCUUAUGAAAACAGGGAAGAGUGGUACAAAGAAACCUUCUAUAAAUUCAGUCUGUAAGAACCUCACUUUCUGCUAUAGUGUUCUGGGUUUGUGUUUUUUAUAUUUGUUUUUCUGAGCAUAACUGCACUGUGUAUCAGUAACAGAAUAAUACCAGUUACUGGUUUAGUUCUCUAAGUUAUUGGUAUAAUUUAAGCUAGAAAUCAACAUGUUAUGCAUUUACUAGUCUUUAACAGAAUCCAGAAAUAUAGCCUCCUUUGUUGUUGUAUGCUGUCAUCUAUUGUUGUGAGGUGCAUAAUAUAUUGGCAGUUUUCUCUGCAUCUUUGUAACUGAAAGUCUUUUUUAAUUCAUUAAAGGACAGAAGGUACAGCUGUUCUUUCCCUGUCAAAGCUGUAAGAAUUCCUUCCUGUUUUUAGAUGAAAGCUAGUUAAACAACUCCAAUUUCCAUUGACUAGCUUGAGCAGCCCGUUUUAAACACUCAGAAUCACAGGCAGGAUUACGGCUACUGAAAUUGGACAUACAGGGCCUACAGUUUAUUGUGCUGCUGCUCUUUCAGCUCUUGAAAGUGCAAAAUCCUUCAUCUUCGUCUGCAGUACAAAAUAAUUUCCAAGCAACUACACCAUAUGUCUUCAAUAAGAAAGCUUUUCAACGGUAACUCAAUCCAAACUAGUAUCUAAACUUCCUGAAACACAGUUCAUGCUCCAGAGUUGCAUGCUUUCAUUUACUUAACACACUCCAACGCCUGUAUGCACCAGAUACACAGUAACUGCCAUAUAAGCCAGCAGAAGUACCCACUUAGUCCUGUCCCUUGUACCUCUUUCAGAAGAAAGGGAUCAAAGAUCAAAUCCCUCCAGGCGGUAAUUCUAAAAGCACAUCACACACAUUUUCUUCUCCUGUCAAACAGAUUGUUCUAAAUCAUACAGAUGUAAAUUGUUGAUGCCCUUAUGAUAUCUCUAAAUAUCAUUAUUCACAUUUCCCUUGUCUAAUUUUUCUAAGUAACUGCCUUCGGUGGGAGCUUGAUUUGUUAUAGGAAAACCUCAGUCAGUUUUGGUAUCUUGUAGAGAUUGCACAGGAUCUGGUGAAGCACAGCCCUGUAAUAUCCCUACAAUGAAGAUUCAUAUUUCACUUUUCUUCAUACUGAAAGUGAUGGUUUUAUAGCAAAGUAUACUUCAUACCUAUUGAAAAAGAAAUUGAGUUAUCUUAAGCCUUCAAAUGCUGUAUUUUACAGCUUUUGGAGACUACUGAUUAACAGCAUCAGAUGUUGUUCAUAGAAAAUGUACAUAAAUAAAGCUUUUCAAUCUUACUCCUUCCUCUCUAUUGGUGCUCCAGUCCUAGGUUCUCCAAAACACAAACCAAUUCCAAUAUAACAUAUUUCUUCUAUAUUUGUUUCUAUAGCACAAAUUCUGACCCUGGACAGAACUGACGUAUUGGUUUAUGCUGCAAAGUCUGUAGCAGAAUUACCUCUACGGCAGCUUUCUUUGAGAGAAACCGCCCCACACACUCUUACUCUGUUGCUUACAUCAACAGAAUUCGCUUUAGCCCAGUGUGUUCUAAAGUGGCAUUUUAGCAGCUUUUCUGUCUUGGAUUUGAAACGACUUUCUAAUAAAAAUAACCUGACGUAAACGA